AUGGAUGGAGUGGCUGAUGAACCCUCGCCUGCGUCGAGCACCAAGCAGUCCACUAGUCAACCUUCCCUUCUUUGCCAGGCGUGCCAGUCGGUUUUGACGAGAGACAAACUCAACUUCGACGAAUUCCAUCCUCAUCACAGAUACUUUCCCCUGAAAACCAACAUCUACGACAAAUCCUUGAAGGCUAUGUGGGAAAAAGUGGCAAACCACACAACUCAGCCGCGAAGCGCACCCUUGAUAAUCACCCACCAAGUGGAGCGGAUCUCGAGCGAAAAGUUCAGAGUAAUUCGUUCGGACUCAGGUUUAUUCUCGCCUGGCCGAGGGUACAUCACUCUGAGCCACCGGUGGGGGGACCGCGACUUCGUCAAACUCACAAGAGACAAGCUCUCAGACUUCGAAGACGGUCUGCCAAUUAGACUUCUGCGCAAGACCUUUCAAGAAGCUCUUGUCGUUGCUUGGCGGAUGAAUAUCCCAUAUGUCUGGAUCGACUCGCUGUGCAUCAUUCAGUCUGGCGACAAUGGCGCGGAUUGGCGACAGGAAUCUAGAAUGAUGGCCGAAGUAUACUCAAAUUCGUUUUGCAACAUCUCGGCUGACUGGGGUGAUGAGUCUAACGGCCUGUUCUUCAAAAGGACACCCGCCUUCGAACCCCCGUGCAGUCUACUCGCCAUUGCUGGAAUCGCCAGACGGCUGGCUCAUGUCGUCGAGGACCAGUACGUCGCAGCUGCUGAUGGCAAGGUCGUCAUGCCAAGUGAUAGAGGAGAUCGAAUCACUGCGACGGCAUCUUUCAUCGAGCACCGGAGGGAAACCCAGUAUUCAGCUGCCACCAAGACGAUGCAGACGAAUUUUGAAGACCUGUGCUUCAGAAAUGGCACAGCAUUCACGGUGUCGUACGACCGUGCUGCCGAAAAGGACGCGCAAGCAGACUCUACCACAUAUUACUAUACAGUCAUUGAAUGUGUCUGCCUUUCUUCGGACCAGCGGUCAAAUGCUUCCAAAAGCUACGUCCAGGCAAGAGGGCUCUUCUUGAAGUCGGUCGAUGUGAGCAUGGGUCGCUUUGAGCGUGUUGGUGGUGCUGAGAUAGUCGGCAGUGACUCUUGUAACGCGCAAGAGCUCCGCCAUAUUCGUUUCGUGGUCUUCACCGUAGCAACGGAAGGAAUUGACGUCCCAACAAUGUACUGGGGGUUCGGCAAAUGGGCCAAGUGGAGACUUAUACUAUUCAUGUAUAGCAAAUGCGUUUUCUCAUGGUGUUGGAAGUCGAGGCCUCAUUCUCCAGUCGUUGCAGAAAUGCGAAUGCACGUCAAGGCGAUAGAUCUGCUGGAGCUUGCCAUUUCCAGCGUGAUUAACAAGUCUUGCCUCUUGUCUAUCGAGACACCGAUGUCGACAAGAAGACCAUCUGCACUCCCUAAGGCAGAGCGCAUGUGUCUUCUCGUAGACCCCGUUUUGCAUAAUUUUCUUGUAUCCUUGAAUCACAUCGACGAACUCAUAAUACCAGCUACGAACCAGGCUCCGCGGUCUCAACCUAUGCAGGGUCCUCUUGACAUAGGCUUGGUGGCUCGUCCCGGACUUUUCGGGGUCAGGGGCACAGCGCCGUGGAAGCAAAGACCCAAAAGGGAUGACGAUGCCGAUGUUUACAAACACUGGGGCAUUCAGUUUCACCACGCACAGUUUAAUGAAGUCGGUUGA